AUGCCACGACCCUCGCGGGACACUUACGGCGACCAGAAACCUCCGUACUCGUACAUUUCGCUCACGGCGAUGGCGAUCUGGUCGUCGCCGGACAAGAUGCUGCCACUGAGCGACAUCUACAAGUUCAUCACCGAUCGGUUCCCGUACUACCGCAAAAACACGCAACGCUGGCAGAACUCGCUCCGGCACAAUCUGAGCUUCAACGAUUGUUUCAUCAAAGUUCCGAGGCGACCGGAUCGGCCCGGGAAGGGGGCUUACUGGGCGCUGCACCCGCAGGCGUUCGACAUGUUCGAAAACGGCAGCCUGCUGCGGCGCCGGAAGCGCUUCAAGUUGCACAAAACCGACAAGGACAUCCUGAACGAGGAGCUGGCCGCAUUGGCCAACAUUAAUCGCAUCUUUCUCGCCCAAAACUCGGCGGACGCGUACUGUCCGGGAACCGCGGCGGUGGCCGCCGCCGCCACCAUGCUACCCGGGGAGUCCCACCCCGCGAGUAUGUUGCAUUCCCCGAAGCCACACUCGCCACUUCCGGCACCCGGCCCGAACUCGCCCACGACGGAAACGACGGCGACCGCCACCAGGAAGCCUUUGCGUCCGAAGCGCUCGUUUACCAUCGAGAGCCUCAUCACACCGGAGCAGGACGACGAAGAGGAGAUCGAAGUGCGCAUCGAACGGGAGGGCAGCCGAUCGCCGCCCAGACCGAAGGGAUCGAGCGAUCGAUCCUUGCUCCCGGACCCGGAUCGGUUGCCAGCGUCGCUGCUGUCGCUGGCUACCGGCCAUCCUGCGUCGCACCACCUGCAUCCUGUCCACCACCACCACCACCCGGCCUUCCACCAGCACGCGGCGGCCCUACCACCGGCCACCUCCCUGCCGGGUGCCAACAUUCCACCGUUCCUGCAGUACGCUGCCCACCCGGCGCUGGCCGGGUACGAGCUGCCCUUCCACCCGCUCCUCAUGAUGGCCCCCCUGGGGGCGAUUCCUCCGCACUACUUUCACCACACCUCCUACCACAGUCUGGCGGCCGCACAUCAUCACCAUCAGCAUCACCUCCAGCAGCAGCAGCAGCAGCAGCAACUUCACCAUCACCAUCACCCGUUGCACCACCACGGAGAGUCGGGCGGUGGCGCGGAGUCCGGUUCUGGCGGCCGGUCACCCACCGGAUCGACCACCGGGCCCGACAGCCCCCGAUCCGGAGGACCCACCGAUCUCAGUCGGCCCCUGGGACCGGCUCUACGCAGCGUUUGA